AUGCGCGCCGCCCUGGCGGGGCUGCUGCUCGCCGCCCUCCUCGCCACCGCCCGCGCCCGCCCGCAGCCCCCGGACGGAGGACAGUGCCGGCCGCCCGGAUCGCAGAGGGACCUGAACUCCUUCCUGUGGACUAUUCGGCGCGACCCCCCAGCCUACCUGUUUGGCACCAUUCAUGUCCCCUACACCCGCGUCUGGGACUUCAUCCCAGAUAACUCCAAGGCGGCCUUCCAGGCCAGCGCCCGCGUCUACUUCGAGCUGGACCUGACAGACCCCUAUACCAUCUCGGCGUUGGCCAGCUGCCAGCUGCUGCCGCACGGGGAGAACCUGCAGGACGUGCUGCCGCGUGAGCUCUACUGGCGCCUGAAGCGCCACCUGGACUACGUGAAGCUGAUGAUGCCGUCAUGGAUGACACCGGCUCAGCGCGGCAAGGGGCUCUACGCCGAUUACCUGUUCAACGCCAUCGCGGGCAACUGGGAGCGCAAGAGGCCCGUGUGGGUGAUGCUCAUGGUGAACUCGCUCACGGAGACCGACGUGCGCUCCCGCGGUGUGCCCGUGCUCGACCUCUACUUGGCCCAGCAAGCCGAGAAGAUGAAGAAGAGCACAGGGGCUGUGGAACGCGUGGAGGAGCAGUGCCAUCCGCUCAACGGGCUCAACUUCUCCCAGGUGCUGUUUGCGCUGAACCAGACCCUGCUGCAGCAUGAGAGUGUGCGGGCCGGGAGCCUGCAGGCACCCUACACCACGGAGGACCUCAUCAAGCACUACAACUGCGGAGACCUCAACGCUGUCAUCUUCAACCAUGACACAUCCCAGCUGCCCAACUUCAUCAACACCACCCUCCCGCCGCACGAGCAGGUGACAGCCCAGGAGAUCGACAGCUACUUCCGCCAGGAGCUCAUUUACAAGAGGAACGAGCGCAUGGGGAAGAGGGUCAUGGCCCUUCUGCAGGAGAACGAGGACAAGAUCUGCUUCUUUGCCUUCGGAGCAGGUCACUUUCUGGGGAACAACACCGUCAUCGACGUUCUGCGGCAGGCAGGGCUGGAAGUGGAUCACACACCUGCAGGGCAGGCCAUCCACAGCCCUGCCGCCGGGAGCCCAGUGCCCCCUCCCGAGGGGACCUCCACGAGCCCGGCCCCGGUGACCCCAGCUGCUGCCGUCCCCACAGUGCCCUCGGCACCCCCCACUGCCCCGCCUGAGGAGGAGGAUCCAGCCCUGUCCCCACACCUCCUGCUCCCCGACAGCCUCAGCCAGCUGGAGGAGUUUGGACGGCAGAAGAAGUGGCACAAGAGGCAGAACAAACACCAACGGCCACGGCAGUUCAACGACCUCUGGGUCCGCAUCGAGGACAGCACCACUGCUUCGUCACCCCUGCCGCCCCUCCAGCCCACGCACAGCUCCGGGACCGCCACGCCCCCCUUCCAGAUCUCAGACCAGCUCCAGCAGCAGGACCUGCCGGGGCCCACCAGCAGCUCAGCACCCCGCUGCUCACAUCCUACCCUGGGCCUGCUCCCUGUUGUCGCUGCCACCAUCGCCGCUCCCUUCCUGCUGCACACCCUCGGACCCUCCUGA